UUGGCCAAUACUGAAAGAAGCAUGAACCAGCAGUGGGCCCGUUCCAGGGGUAGAUGUGCCAAACGGUGCCGUUUCGAUCAGCAGUUCGAUGAAGAGUUCGGCGCGUCGGAAGUGACCAGCACGACAAGGUUCAUCGAUAUCCUUGACCAGCUGGACACGAAGGUGGAAUCGCUGCGCAAGGAGGCAAUGGUGUUGCGCGACAAGAAGGACUUUCUGGCCAUGUCAGUGGAUCUGCUGAAGAACUAUGAGUACCUCACCGGACUAAACGAUAAUGAGCGUGAUGAGAUUGAUUGCUACGUACAGCGGAUAAGUAGCCGACUGGGCACGGUUGAACUGAACGUGUGUACCGUGCGCGAUCAGGCACAGGAAGAAUCACUGCAUCACGUUAACAGUUUGAUCGAUGUGAUCAUCGCGAGUGCUGAUCCUGUCAUUUCGCGCCAAAAGUGCCAACAGUAUCUGAAUGCGUGCAGCACCACCGAUACGAGCGUCUACACGGACGUCGAUCCCAACACGAUCUGUACGGACAAGAAGUUUGAGAGUGUCCUGCUCGGCUGUACGCUUGACGAUCAGAAAACGAUCAAGAAGCGGUUGCAGGCACUGCUGGUCUACCUUACCCAGCAAACAAUUGUCCACUGAAGGAAGGCUGAACCGGACGCAUGGAGGGUCGAGAAAUAGUAAUUUAUCAUAUGGGCGUGUUUUGGCAUCCCGUGUG